AUGUGCAGUGACUGCAGGAAGACGUUCUGCUCUGCGUGCUCGGAGCUGCAGGACGACGUCCGUCUGUGCUCCGUGUGCCGGUUGCUACGGGCGACGGCGUUCCGGCGCCAGCGGCUGAUGCGGCUGCGGGUUCGAGAGCUGCGUCAGUACCUGCUGCUGCGCGGCGUUUCCACGGAAACCUGCAGGGAGAAGGAGGACCUGGUGGAGCUGGUGCUGUGUCACCACGGCAACCAGGACGAGGAGGACGCACGCUCGCCGCAGGGACAGCCAAUCAGCCGCAGCGACAGCUCGGACACCAACCAGGACUCCGGGGACGCGGCGUCCGAGUCUCUGCUGAACCUGGACGCCGGCGAGCGCUCUCCGGAGGUCAGUCCUCCGACGCGGCGCCGGGCGUCUCUGUCGGACGUCUCCAGUCUCCAAGACGUGGAGGACUUGUCCGUCCGCCAGCUGAAGGAGAUCCUGGCCCAGAACUUCGUCAGCUACUCCGGAUGCUGUGAGAAGUCGGAGCUGGUGGAGCGCGUGGCCCGCCUGUACCGGGAGACCCGGAACCACCGGGAGACCCGGAACCACCGGGAGACCCGGAACCAACGGGAGACCCAGGACCACCGAGAGACCCAGGACCGCCAGAGGACCAAGGACCACCAGAGGACCCAGGAAAACCAGAGGACCCAGGAAAACCAGAGGACCCAGGAAAACCAGAGGACCCAGGAAAACCAGAGGACCCAGGACCACCAGAGGACCCAGGACCACCAGAGGACCCAGGAAAACCAGAGGACCCAGGACCACCAGAGGACCC